UCUGAUUAGACCCUGUCUCCCAAUUCCUCCAAGGAUUACGGCCUCAGGCAGGACUCACGAGAGGUCUAGCCUCUGCUUGCACACUCCUGAGACAGGGAGCUCACCCCCUACCAAUGCAUCCUCUCCUACUCACUCACCUCCUCCUACCUCCUCCCAGGGUGUCCACUGAGGCCACACCAAGAACAGGGUCUAGCCCUUGCAGGAGACCCCUCAGAUGUCUGCAAAUGUCCUGGAGUCUUGGGCCAGGGCUGGGGGAGCAGGGGUGGCAGGAGCUGGCCUUGAUGUCUCCUCCCCUUCCUGCCCGCCCUUCUUCCAGGGCACCCAGCAGCUCAGUCCUCUGGGCGUGUUGACAGACAGAUGGGCGGACGCAGCCUACCUCCUGGGCGUGCAGCUGUGGUCUGAGGCCCCCGCCCAGCUGGAAACCACAGCGGGAGGGGAGGGAAGGGAGGGGAGAGAAGAGAGGAGGGGAGAAGAGAAGAGAGGAGACCACCAUGGGGCCGUGGAGUCGAGUCAGCGUGGCCAAAUGCCAGAUGCUGGUCACCAGCCUCUUUGUCCUGCUGCUGGGCCUUGCCGUGGCCACCAUGGCGGCUCUCACCUACUUCGGGGCCCACUUUGUGGUCAUCGGCCGCGCAUCAUCAGAGAGGACCUCCUAUGAGGCCAGGCACCGCUGGGCCUUCUACGUGGGCAUCAGCCUGGCUGGGCUCCUGACCCUGGGCGCCGUGCUGACCGCCGUAGCCACUGUGAGGGAGGCCGGGGGCCUCAUGGCUGGGGGCUUCCUGUGCUUUGCUCUGGUGUUCUGCGCCCUGGUGCAGGUGGCCUUCUGGAGACUCCGAAACCCCGCCCAGGUGGAGGAUGCCGUGCUGGACACCUACGAUCUGGUGUAUGACCAUGCAGUGAAGAGCUCGUCCGGCGUCUGGCGGCAGGAGCUGGUGGCCAUCCAGGACAUGUUCCUGUGCUGUGGAAAGGGCUCUCCUUUCAGUCUCCUGGGGAGCUCGGAGGCUGACCUGUGUCGGGGAGCGGAGGCUGCGAGACAGGACUGCCUGCAGGGCAUCGGGCGCUUCCUGAGCACUCACCGAAACAUCAUCUUCACCCUGACCAGCAUUGGCCUCGCCUCCAUGGUGUACGCGAUGCUGCUCAGCUCCUUUCUCUGGUUCGCCAUCCGCUCUGGCCGCAGCUUGGACCACAAAGGCAGAUACACCCUGAACCCACGGUAGGCCCCCGCCCGCCCCUCUACCACCUCCCCGAGGGGGUCCCACAGCCCUGCAGAUGGAGGGGGGCCGGCACUCAAGCUGACUCCCUGGCCAGAGAGCGGAUGCCACUUCCCACUCCCGAGAUGUCUUUGCCUCCGCCCAGCCUUAUGGGACCCCUGGACCAAGGGCCGAGGCUGAUACUCCAGGAGAGGCGCUUUGGGGGUGGCUGGUCACUGAGGGAGGGGGGCAGUUGGAAAGUUGCCAGGCCAGCAUGCAUUCCGUUCUACAGCCUGCACAGGGACCCCCUCUGCUCACCCCCAAUCCCUGCCAAGGCCUGGCCUCACAAGUGCCAUCUCCGCUAAUGCCGAGAGACGGAUGCUUCUGGGGCCCCCAAACUACAGCCCCAAGCCAGGACCUCUGAUCUUGGGGAACCCCAGGGCUUCCCAUGCACAGGGAGCAGGGAAGACCCAGACCCAGCAGCCAAGAGGCCCCUCCUGACCCUCGGCGCUUGCAGACGUUCCCACCUGCCAUCUCCUCUACUCGCCCCA